AUGCCCGAUCUCAACUCGGUACCUCCCUCACCACACGCACUCGCAGGAUUGUCGCGCCGAGCAUCUUCUCAACAAAUGCCGCCCCCGCCCGCCCCGGGCUCACCUUCGCUCAACAUUCUCCCCUCGAACCAGAGCACCGUCAACGCCUCCAUUCCGCCGAGUCUGCCGUCUCCGGGUUUUCAGGCGUCGACCUCGUUUCCAGGCCCUACAAUGAACGAUAAUACUGGUGUUGGGCCCGGGCCCGGACCCCUACGGCAUCCGCGCCCCUUGACCGCGGCAGAUCUCCAUCUUGAACUUGAAAAGGAACAAGAAGCGGUGGUCAACCGCCUCACCCGCGAACUCUCGAUCCUCCGCGCCGCGCAGAACGCUUCGGUCGUCUCGAACGCCUCCUCCACAUCGGCUAGCGCGUCGGGUACCGAGCCCGGCCAGUGGGGUGACAUGUCCCAACCCAGCCUAGGCACAAGCCACUACCAGCCGGUCCGCCACCAGCGCACCUCAUCAAGCGCCAGCGCCCGCAGCCUCACCGCCAACGCCGGCUCCGUCUCCACCACCUCGCUCGCGGGCAUCUCCUCCCCGGUGCCGGUCCGCCCCACCGCCCAGACCCCGAUCGCCAUCGGCGGCAUCGCCCUCAGCCGGCAGAACAGCAGCGCCUCCCGCCGCAGCCGCACGGGCUCCCCGUCCCCCGCCGCCCACAGAAGCAGCAGCAGCAGCCACCCCUACCACCACCACCACGCCACCCCCGGCAGCGAACCCGGCUCCCUCCCAGGCUACUUCACAUCACGCAUGCCUAUGCCGAUGCGGUCACAAUCGGGAACAGGCACGGGCACAACCCCCACCUCCGCCGCCAUCACCCCAAUCACCACCACCACCGCAAGCGAGCUAUCCCCGGGCAUCCUACCGGCCACAUCACGGUACGAGGAGACGGCCCUCCGCCGCGCCGAGCUCGACGAGUACAAGCGCGAGAACGAGGCCCUGCGCCGCCGCGUCCGCGAGCUGGAGCGGCUGGUCCGGGACGCAGCUGCGCUGAAGGAACAGUCCCAGCAAUCGCAACCACAGCAGGCACAGUCCCUGCCGCAACAGCAGCAGCAAGUGGCGAGGCAGCGGGCUGUGAGCACGGCGAGUGCUGCGGGGAGUGCGGUGGGUGUGGGCGUGCCGGAGGAGGAGGUCGGUGUGGGGGAGAGUGCGGCGAGUGGCGGCGCGGGGAGGGGGAGGAGGGUGGGGAGGGGGGAGUGA